GGUAGGUAUCGGUUAAUUGGGGAAUCAGAAUCUUAUCCGGUUUUGGAAAAGAAAAAAAGGAUCCGGCCCGUAUUCAUCGAAAUCCAAAAAACAAAAAAUCACACAACCAAAACCAGACCUGGGCAUCUUUGGUGUUGUAUUUGGCAAAGCAUAGGCAAGAGAAGGUGAGAUUUGUGAUUCAAAGGAAAGGAAAGGAUAACAUAUAACAAAAAACAAAACAAAACAUGGGGGCGCUGUCUCUCAAUUCCAUAACCUGUUCUUCAUAUUUGCACCCUUCUCCCCCUCCUCUCAGUUGCGGGGAAAAGGUUUUCGUUGGAUUAAGGCUUCAAUCUCCUAAUUCUUAUGGAAUUUCUAGACCUAAUUUGAGUGCCGAGUUGCACAAAAAAAUUCAUAAAAGCAUCGAGCCCAGGGUUGGCAUUAAACCAGCACGGGGCCGCAUCACUAUGAUGCCUAUCGGGACUCCAAGAGUUCCCUAUAGGGUUCCCGGCGAAGGAACCUGGCAGUGGGUCGAUUUAUGGAAUGCCCUUUAUCGUGAACGUGUUAUCUUUAUUGGCCAAAAUAUAGAUGAAGAAUUCAGUAACCAAAUACUGGCAACUAUGCUGUACCUUGAUAGCGUUGACAAUUCCAAAAGAAUGUAUAUGUACAUUAAUGGCCCCGGUGGUGAUCUUACACCAAGUAUGGCCAUCUAUGACACGAUGCAAAGCUUGCAAAGUCCCAUUGGUACCCACUGUGUCGGAUAUGCAUAUAAUCUUGCUGGCUUUCUCCUUGCUGCCGGAGAGAAGGGUCAACGCUUUGCAAUGCCACUUUCAAGAAUUGCUUUAGAGUCGCCGGCUGGAGCAGCUCGUGGUCAGGCUGAUGAUAUUCAAAAUGAGGCGAAUGAGCUUCUCAGAAUUAGAGAUUAUCUUUUCAAGGAGUUGGCUCAAAAGACCGGGCAACCCGUGGAACAGGUUCACAAGGACUUAAGCCGGAUUAAGCGCUUCAAUGCUCAGGAGGCAUUGGAUUAUGGACUCAUUGAUCGAAUCGUCAGGCCUCCCCGUAUAAAAGCUGAUGCACCAAGAAAAGAGGCUGGUACAGGUCUCGGUUAAUGUACUUUUAUUGUUUUCACUGAAAUCCCAUAUGUUUACUGUCUCGUUCUAUAUGCAUUUUUGUGUUUAAUGGUAUAUUAGAGUCUGUUGUUUACUUGUGGUUAGAAUGUAUCAACAUGAAAAGUGUUAUGACUGUCAACUUUAUUUGAGCAUAAAUAGAACAGCACAGUUCUUUCUUA